AUGGCUGAAGCUGAAAAUAAGUUAAAUGAAGGAAAUGAUGCUUCCAAUAAUCUGCAUAGAUUAAUGAAGACCAAUGAGGGACUGGCAUUGCUACCUUCAUACAGGAAGCAACUUCUGGUUCUUGGCUGGCUUGCCUCUGUAGCUGGUGUUCCAGGCUCCCAAGAAGCCAUUACAUCAGCCAAGGAGGGUGACCCCCCAAAAGAGGCAUGCACAUCAGCAAGGACAGACAUAUAUUCCAAAUUACUUACACCAGUCAAAACUGAUGCUGCUUCCAAAGAAACUGAUGCAUCAGCCAAAGCUGAUGCUGCCUCCGAAGAGGUUGAUGCAUCAGCCAAGGCUGAUGCUGCCUCCAAAGAGGCCAAGGCUGGUGCGCCAGCCAAAGCUGAUGCUGCCUCCAAAGAGGCUGGUGCACCAACCGGAGCUGAUGCUGCCUCCGAAGAGGCCAGUGCUCCAGCCAAAGCUGAUGCUGCCUCCGAAGAGGUUGAUGCAUCAGCCAAGGCUGAUGCUGCCUCUAAAGAGGCCAGUGCACCAGACAAAGUUGAUGCUGCCUCCAAAGAGGCUGGUGCGCCAGCCAAAGCUGAUGCUGCCUCCAAAGAGGCUGGUGCACCACCCGAAGCUGAUGCUGCCUCCGAAGAGGCCAGUGCUCCAGCCAAAGCUGAUGCUGCCUCCGAAGAGGCCGGACCCAAUUAUAUGCCCAUAUUCCUGACAGUAAAAACACCUCCUGGGUCUCGGCACGUACUGUUUCACUUUAUAUCUGUACCAAGCUGCUUUGACAAAAUUUGGUAA